AUGAGUGACGAUACAUUGAGAUUUGUAGACGAAACCAAACAAACUCAAGACACCUACUCCUACCUCAAGCCAAUCGGUAUUCGAAAGCUAAGAAAACAAAUCAACACUAAAGAAUUCAAAAAGAAUUACUUUGUCAUUGACACUAGAAAGGAACAACCACUCGUUGUCCACUACGAUCCAAACCAUGUAAAAACUCCUCAAUCUGCAGGUGGUAACUCCACUUCAGGAAGUAGUAGUUCAACUUCAUCUGCUCCAUUCAUGAAUAGCAAUAAUCAAUCCCAUCAUGAUAAUCAGACAUUUCCUUCUUCAUCACACCCUCCAAACAAAUCAUUAAGCUAUCAACAAUCAGGUAAACGUGUACAAUUUUCUCAGAGAAAUUCAAUUUCACAACCCUAUCCAGCAACUCAUCAACAAUUUAUGAUGAUGAAUGGUGCUGAGAGUGAUAGUUUGGUAGGUAAUAAUGGACAAUCUGGUUCAUUGUCUCAAUUGAUGGGUCAACCAUGUGCAAGUAGAGAAAUGAAUCAUCUCAAUUCGAGAAGAACUUUAUCAAUGCCUGAGUUUUUGGCCCAUUAUUCACCUCCAACUGAGCUUGAAAAUUGUGAUGAGACGAGUGGUCAAUUGUUUGAUGAUCAUCCACAAAAUGAAUCUCAUCCAUUAGAUCAAGACUAUUUGAUGCAAACUGGUGGUAAUAAUGAGAAUUCCAUAUCACCCAUCUAUAGAAAAUCAUCCAUUGAUUGCCAAUUUACUCCAAUUGACCAACAAAUGAUGGAUGGUUAUGCUCCAUUCCUAACUCCUCACUCGAUGAGUCCAGAAGAUGAACAGCAAAUUAUUCAGCAGAAUAAUCAAACUGAAAUUCAUUCCCACCAACAAUCCAUUCAACAUCAUCAAUUAUUGAACAAACACUUUUCCAUGAAUGAUAUUGGAAAGUUGACGAUUCUCAAUGGAUUAGUCGAAAGUGGUCUAUGCUACAAUAACGAUACUGUCAAUAUUCUAGAGACAUUACAAAUGGCCUGUAAUGCUCAUCAUCAACAAUCCCUAAUGCUCAAUAUGCAAUGUCAGCAAGAUCAAAUUCCACACCAAGAAGCAAUGGAUGAACAACAUGACGAUUCCAUGCAACAAGAAGAAGAAGAAUCAGAUUGUGAUAGUAGUUCAGUUGCCAAUACAGCUAUCAGAAAUAAUAAUUCAUUUAAUGAUGGCAAUAUAUCCUCAGAGCAACUGCAUCAUGAUGAGAUGAGCUCUCAAGAGAAAUGCAACGUUUCUGAGAAUAAUCAACCACAAGAGGCUUCUUUAGAGGAAUAUUCAGAUUUACUGAUUAAUGAUAAUGAAUUAUUCGAGAAUAACAUCUUCUCUGAUGAAUAUCUGUAUGAAGAAUAA